CUCAGUUCAAACUCUAGAAAGAAAAUAUUUAACAAUGGCUUAUUCUUUUUCUUCAAACAAGCCUGUGUUCUUCUUGGCUUUCCUUCUCUUGUUCGUAUUCUCAAACAAUCUAGUGGCUGGAGAAACCCGGAAAGUUAAACUCAAUCUUUACUACGAAUCACUUUGUCCAUACAGUCAGAAAUUCAUAAACGAUGGUCUAGUGAAACUCUUUGAGUCCGAUCUCCACAGAAUCACCGAUCUCAAGCUCGUUCCAUUCGGUAACGCAAAAGUCUCCGAUAACCUGACUGUCACUUGCCAGCAUGGUGAAGAGGAAUGUAAACUAAACGCCAUUGGAGCUUGCGCCAUAAGAACUUGGCCCAAUCCGAAAAUGCACUACUGGUUUAUAAGGUGCGUUGAAAAGGACACAAAAAACUGGGAAUCAUCAUGUUUUAAGACAUAUGGUGGUGAGAAAGCCAUAAGAGAUUGUUACUCCGGUGAUCUCUCUAAAAAACUUAUACUUGGUUAUGCAAAGCAGACUUUGAAUUUGAAGCCGAAGAAAAAAUAUGUCCCAUGGGUCACAGUGAACGGCAAACCACUCUAUGAAAACUAUGAUGAUUUUGUGGCCCAAAUAUGCAAAGCGUACCAAGGAAAGGCUCCUCUCCCAAAAAUCUGCAAUUCUUCUGCCUCGGCAAAGAAGAAAGAGUUGAAGCUUCAAGUCUCAUAUGCCGAUGAAGCUUUCCAUUACUGAAUAGUAAUUCUUGAACUAGGAUGAUUUAAGCUUAUGUUAUAAACGGAGUGAUUAAUAAAAGGAAAUUUGCAAC